GACGCAACAAAUUGCCGGGGGGGUUGUUCUUUAGGGGGUGUGGCCUCUCGCCUAAGCACCUCCUCGCCGCCUGUGCCGCCUACCACCACUCAGUCACCACUCGUAUAGGCUGCAGGGAACCAACGAGCACCAACUCCAACACUCGAAAAGAAUAAUCAACCCUCGCAUGUGCCAGCUGAACCACUCACUAGACCUGGUCUAUCUCGUGCAAUCCCCAUCUUGUUCCUAUCCUCCCAAAUCACGCAGCCCGCCGCCUAACAAAGUCCCCAGUUCCUUGUGCCCUGGUGGGUCAUUGGGCUGCAAUAUGAUCUCAACUCUCAGAGCGGCCUCGGCCUUGUCCUGCUGAUUUCCCUCGAGGCAAUUCUUCAAAUACUCGUACACCGGCAGUUCUAGCUCCCAUUCUCUUCUCACUUCGACUCCACCAACCCACCAUGUCUUCCCACGACGAUUAUGCUCCACGUCCACGCCGAGACCGUGGUCGAUACGACGCAGACGGCGGUCUUCGCUACCCAGAUGACGAUGACUAUGCCGACCCUCGAAAGUCGGCUCCCCGCCAUCCUCGUUACGAAUCAUCCCCUACACCAAUUGACCCUCGUGACGGACCACGACGCAAGAGAGACGCGGAUCCUCGAGACGUCGAGCCUAAAGCCGCUCGUGAUGUGAAGGACGACCCUCCUCGAUAUCGCGAAGAUGGCGAUCCUAAACCGGGCAAAUCCAACACUGCUGCACCAAGGAGAAGACGAAGCUUUGACGAUGACGACGCAGCUCGUCGGGACCCAAGAAAUGGAAGCGGGAAUGGGCCCGCCUACGGGCGAUCCAAAGGAUACCGCGAACCCAUCCCGGAACCCGACGUCGUUGCUGCUGACCGCGACAAUCAUAAACCUCGACCAGCGAGGCACAGAGACUAUGACGAUGAUUUUGAACCGCCUCCGCCUCGUCGCGCCAAUACCCAGAGAGAGCCAGACCGUCGCCGUCGAGACGAUCCUCCCUACGACGACGAGCCACCUCGGCCCCGUCGUCACCGCAGUCCAGAAGACAGACACUCCGAUCGGGACCGAGGAUAUCGCUCUGAUCCUCGAGAUGCUCCAAGACACAGAAAGGAUGAUGAUCGUUAUGAUGACCGCAGACACCGUUCCGGUGGUGGCUCCCGUCGCGACGAUGGCUACGCGUCAGACCGAGGCCGUUCUGACCGAGACAGGAUGAGAGAUCGUGAUCGAGACCGAGACCGAGACUAUCGUGACCGCGACCGCGACCGCGAGCGAGACAGAGACCGAGAUCGCAGGCGCUACGACUCUGACCGCGAAAGAGAUCGUCACCGAGACCGGGACCGGGAUCGUGACCGCGACAGAGAUCGUCACGACAGUCGAGACCGUGACCGUGACCGAAGGGACAAGAAAAAGGGAUUUUCACUCGACAACAUCAACGAUCUAGUCGAGCAAGGCCAGAAACAUUACAAGACUCUGGCGCCGGUGAUCACCAGCCUCACCAAGAUGUACAUGGACAACAAGAAAUGAAUGAGAGAGUACGGUGCUCACGAUGGCGGGUUGUGAGUCUGAAUUAAGACUGGGCAGGUAGAGAACGAAUUCGCUUUUUGGUUAUGCAACUGCAGUGGGCGGAGAGAAGGCAUGUGCCGGGAGGCAGAGUCACACUGAGAGGGGAGAAGCAGGCCUGGAUUCCCUCUGAGCUCUGAUGAUCAAUCACGACGGACGCUGAACAAUGCUGCAUGACUAUGAAGAGAAGAGGUGCGACUUCUACGACUGUGAUUACUGGGCUCGGGUAUUGCUUACUUUGGGCACUGAAAUGUAUGACUAGGGCUAUUUUGCUGUACUUUGUGGUGCGGCUGCUGGGUGGGCAGUUAUGGGAACGACCAACAGCGUGGAUAAGUUUAUGGGUGGGUGGACGACUUGGGAUGGUACAGUCUGUGUUAUUGUUCAACUGCAAUCACCUCAAUAGCAAUGCCAAUAUCAAUAUCUCCUUCCAG